AUGUACACGACCCUGCCCAAUGGUAUCCGGGUUUUCUAUCGCGAAGCUGGAUCGCCCACAAACCCCACCGUCCUUCUCCUUCACGGUUUCCCGGCUUCGUCGAACCAGUACCGCAAUUUGAUCCCUAUUCUUGCUGACAAGUACCACGUCGUCGCCCCGGACUUGCCUGGCUUUGGUUUCACCGAGGUUCCAUCCGGCCUGAACUUCAAAUAUACCUUCGCCAACAUUGCGUCCACCGUCGGGGCCUUUCUGGAUGUUCACAAGAUCGAGAAAUUCGCUGUUUAUGUCUUUGACUACGGUGCUCCAACCGGCCUCCGUCUUGCGCUAAAACGACCCCAGGCCAUCACGGCCAUUGUCUCGCAGAACGGUAACGCCUAUGUCGAAGGCCUGAGUUCGUUCUGGGAUCCCUUGCGAAAAUUAUGGGCCUCAACACCUGGAUCUGAGGGAGAGGCACAACUUCGCAAGAUGAUUAAGGACGCCAUCCUGUCAUUGGAGACGACCAAGACCCAGUACUUGGAUGGUGAGCCUGAGGCAGACAAAAUCGACGAUCCGGCGUUGUACCACCUAGAUUAUUACUUGAUGACACGUCCAGGCAAUGCAGACAUCCAGCUUGAUCUGUUCAAGGAUUAUGGCACUAACGUGGCCUUGUAUCCUCAGUUCCAGGAGUAUCUUCGCAAUAGCCAGGUCCCCUUGCUGGCCGUGUGGGGCAAGAACGAUAUCAUUUUCCCACCAGCGGGCGCUGAACCCUUCAAGAGAGAUGUCAAGAACGCAAAGGUCGUUUUGUUGGAUGGUGGGCAUUUCUUGGUCGAGAGCCAUACCGAGGAGGUGGCCAAGUUGAUGUUGGAGUUUUUUGCGGAAAACCAACUCUGA